AAUCGAUUGGGUAGGUGGAUCGUAUUCAGUCACCUUCAACAUUCGAAACACCAUGGAUCGUUGGGCCGGAAAAGUCGCCGUGGUAACCGGAGCGAGCGCAGGAAUCGGUGCCGCGAUCGCCGAGAGCCUCGUCGAGGCUGGAGUUCAGGUCGUGGGACUGGCGAGGCGUUUGGAAAGGCUAGAAGCGUUGGCGGCGAGCCUCAAGGGAACCCCGGGGAAGCUUUACCCGAGGCAGUGCGACGUCCGGAAGGAAGAAGAGCUUCUGGAUGCCUUCAAGUGGGUGAAGGCCGAGCUCGGAGGCGUCGACAUCCUCGUGAACAACGCCGGUAUUGGUAAACAUAAGAAAAUCAUAGAGGACGACGUCGAUUCCUUUCGCAGCAUCCUUGAAGUGAAUGUUCUCGCCAUGGCCAUAGGCAUUCGAGAAGCCGUCGCUUCAAUGAAGAGCCGCAAUGUUGAAGGUUACAUAAUCAACAUCAACAGUGUUUUGGGGCAUGCAUCUUCCCCCAGAACCAACUAUCCAACGAGUAUUUACGCGCCUAGUAAAUAUGCCGUCACCUCACUAACCGAAACUGUACGACAGGAGCUCGCCGUUGAUCCCCAGAACAAAAUCAAAAUAACGAGCAUAAGCCCCGGGUUGGUUAAGACAGAAAUCACCGCAGGCAUUCCCAAUGUUGAUAAGAUCUUCGAAACAGUCCCCUACCUUGAACCCAAGAACAUUGCCGAGGCCAUACUAUACGUUCUGGGAACUCGAAGUGCUGUUCAGGUAACAGAAUUGACGAUCUAUCCUGCUGCUAAACGUCUACAAAACAAUCAUAAAAACAUUCAAACUAUCAUCCGCAUAGAAGAUGAAAAUUCAUUCACCCGCGAUUGUUUAGGGACUCUGAAAAUUAAUGGUGAAGUUUAUACGAAUAAAACCAAACAGGGCCAUGAAUCAUUGAUCCGAGAGGGCCACGAUCGUGAUCUAGGCGAGUGCAAAAAUCGUAGCCACGAUGUCGAAAACUCUCGUAGAAGCAGUUGUUCUGGCACUAAAAUUAGAAAAACGUUUCAAGAGGUCAGAAGAGUUGUUACAAAGCAUAUGGUCACCUUCAAGAACCGAAGAGUUAUGGAUCGUUGGGCUGGAAAAAUCGCUGUGGUAACCGGAGCGAGUGCCGGAAUCGGUGCCGCGAUCGCCGAGAGCCUCGUCGAGGCUGGAGUCCAGGUCGUGGGACUGGCGAGGCGUUUGGAAAAGCUAGAAGCGUUGACGGCGAGCCUCAAGGGAACCCCGGGGAAGCUUUACCCGAGGAAGUGCGACGUCCGGAAGGAAGAAGAGCUUUUGGAUGCCUUCAAGUGGGUGAAGGCCGAGUUCGGUGGCGUCGACAUCCUCGUGAACAACGCCGGUAUCUCUAAUUCGAAAAAAAUUAUAGAUGAUAAUGUCGAUUCCUUCCGUGGUAUUCUUGAAGUGAAUGUACUCGCUAUGGCCAUAGCCACGAGAGAAGCUAUCGCUUCGAUGAAGAGCCGCGACGUCGAAGGUCACAUCGUCAACAUCAAUAGCAUCCGUGGUCACCCGGGUUCUCCAAACCCAAAUUUUCCAACAAGCAUGUACAUACCAAGUAAAUUUGCGGUUACUGCGAUGACUGAAACCGUGCGACAAGAACUCGCCGCUGAUUCCAACAACAAGAUCAGAAUAACGAGCAUCAGUCCCGGAUUCACCAAGACGGAUAUCGUUCAGGCAUCAAACGUCCCGAAUGCUGACAAUUUCUUCGAAUCAAUUCCGCACCUUGAUGCUAAGGACAUUGCUAAUGCUACGCUCUACGUUCUGGGAGCUCGGAAUAUCGUCCAGGUGACAGAAUUGACGAUACGUCCCAUUGGCCAACUUCUCGAUUAGAAUUGUGUCCGGUAUGCAGAUCAAUCGAUCACAUCUACAGUGUCGUGUAAGCUAUCAUGCAGUGUAAACUUUUCUCAAAAAUAUAAAGUUUAUAAAUGGUUGAAA